UCAAUUUUCAAUGUGGAAAUGUCCCUGAAUUGGUGACAACUCUGUUACAGAAAGUACUAAAUAAAAAUGGGGACUUCUGCUGAAUUGUUUUGCUUUCAGAAAGUAAGAUUUCAAGUGGAUUAGACUGAGAGCUGCGGAAAGGGUGAGACUUGGAGAAUGUGCUAAAAGACAGUAGUACUCUGAGCUGCAUUCUUGUCUUGACUGUUGUUGGGUUUUUCAUAUUGUGUGUCCAACCUAGGCCAAAAGGGACUGCUGUGCAGAACUGGCCAUGUGAAGAAGGAUGCUUUGUCAGAUGAGGUUGGAAGAUUUACAAGAAACUGUAAUUCCAAGGUUAACAGUGAAUGACUGACGCGGAAGGGAGCCUUCUAGGGAGCUGGUCUAUGGGCUCCAGGCCUGUCCCAAUUUCCAAUCCUAGAGGCCUAAAGAUCUCUGAGAGGCCCUGAUGCCACCUGACGGCUACUGUGAGGUUUAAAUAACAAGAUAGGUGGAAGUGCUUCACAGCCUGUGACAAGGCUCUCAAUUUUUACUUUCCCUUUGCUUCCCCACAGCAACUUUUCCCCUCUGAGCCACGCAUUACUGUGUAUUAGUUUGCCUUUUCAUCUAAGUCCUGCUUUUACCACAAGGUUGGAAGCUUCUGGCAUUCUUUUUCUCUGUUUCUUCGAAGCCCAUCUUGAGUCCCUCCUAGCAGUGCACUGCACACAGUCGUACGCGGGAGAUUGCUAGAUCUCGGAGCUGUGGCGAACACAGUAUUUGCCUGUCUGCUCUAAUCCCCAGCCUUCUCUCAGAGCUCCUAACCCUUUAAAAAAGUAUGAUUUUUAUUUGUAGUAUUUUUAACCAUUUUAAGUAUGCAGUAUAGCAGUGUUAACUAUAUCCACUUUGCAAUGGAGAGCUAGAAUUUUUUUCAAAAAUCUUGCAAAACUGAAACUCUAUACCCAUUAGAGAGCUCCCCAUUCUCCCCACCCCCAGCCACUGGCAACCACCAUUCUACUUUGUUUCUGAGUUUGACUGGUCUAGAUACCUUGAAUAAAGGGAAUCAUACAGUAUUUGACUUUUUGUGACUGGCUUAUUUCACUUAGCAUAAUGUUCUCAAGGUUCAUCCAUGGUGUAGCAUACGAAAACAUUUCCUUCUUUUUAAGGCUGAAAUAUCUCUAUCUAUACCUAUACACCUCACAUUUUCUUUAUCUAUUCACCUAUCGAUGGACAUUUAGGUUGCUUCUACCUCGCGGCUAUUAAGAAUAGUGCUGCAGUGAACAUGGGGAUGCAGAGAUCUCUUUGAGACCGUUUUCAGUUGUUUUGGACAUAUUUUUUAGUAUUAUUUUGAAACUUUUUAACUCUGGUGAAUUUCAAACAUACACACAAGUAAAGAAGAUAGUAUAAUGAACAUGUGGUCUGAAUAAAUGAGUCAGUUGUGCAAAGCAGCCCCCCACCCCAAAUACCUGGGACUUUUGCUGACCCCUCCCUUUUGUAGAGCUGACUGCGGGUGAGGAUGUUUUGAGUUUUCAGACCUAAGAAGUGCCAGCUGCACUCUGUCAUCUGGACCCUCAGCCCUCAGUGUGACCUGAGUACCCGUCUACAGACAAUAUAUACCAAGAGUGCUGGUAGACAGACAGAAACAAGUAUUAACAGAAAUGAGCGUCGAUGCCUUCUCCUAGUGAUGGACACGAGGGGCUGAGUUUGGGAUGCAAAGUGGUCUUUGUGCCUACGAGUUUCGCUCUGGUUCAGCAGCCCUCACAUGUACUGUUGGUGUGUCUGAAAGCAGCCACUUUGAGCAGAGAUGCUGCACACUGGAUGAUACCUAGAGGAGGCUGGGAAGGUGAGCUGUACGGUGAUGCUGUAGGAAUUCAGACAAAGAAACUAAUCCCGACUGAGAAAGUCAAGGAAGGAAGGAAGGCUAUUGUCAGGAAUGUGGUCGUGACUUUGCCCUGUUUCCACUGACCUUGUGCGUUUGAUCCUUAUGCCUGUUUCCAGAUGGGAAAAAAGCAAAGCUGAUGGUCAGUGAAUACGCUGGGAUGGUUGCCUGCUAGUCCUGAAUUAAGCUCUGGACUUUGGCUGUGGGGCGUGUGCUAACGUGUGCUAACGAAGGCUUCUGGGGGAAUGCCUCGUAGGUCAGAACUGGCUGUGUGGGCGGACAGCUACCCCUAGUGGGCCUAUGUGAAUCAUGCUUGGACGGCCACCUUUUCUUUACCCUGACCCAAAAGGAGUUGCAUUGUUUUUGUCUAUAUGAUAUGAUAUGGGCCUAAUGUAGACCUACGCUAAUAAGACAACAGGAUGGAGGAUGUCAUGUCAAAUCCACAUGACAAUUUACCCCCUUUGCUCCUUGUUCUGACACCUGAAGAAGUUAAUGCUGUAAGGAUCGGCUCUGAAAUGAAGGCAGUAGUUAAGAAGCUAAAGAAAUUGGGAGUGCGAUGGGGCACUGCCAGGGCAUUCACUGGGGCAGAAACAUGGGAGCUCAUAGUAAACAUGCUGGGGGGAUCAUCUGUGCUGCGCCUCUCACUCCCAAACACUUGAUUUAUGAAGAAAUGGACGGGAGUGUGUUGCUCUUUGAUCCGUAGUUUUACUCAGAUGAUGUGGGAAGGGAUGAGACCCCUGGUCUAACGUUGUCACCACAUCAUGAACUUUUGCCUUCCCCAGCAGAAUAGAAGUUAUGAAGUCACAGUAGCUUCUGACACUUAAGCACUUUCUAUGUGGCAGGCACUACUAAUUACUGAACAUGCGAUCCUUCACUUAAGCCUCAGGUUAAAAAUCUGCCCAAGUUCACAAAGCUUAGGAAUGGAGGGGACUGGUUUUGACUCCAGGUGGUCUGACUUCGGAGCCUAGACUCUUAACCAGCUCUGUCUCUGGCUCAGUCCAACUAGCCUGCCUUUCUCUCCAAUAUUAUGGUAUCGCUGUUUUUUAGGAGCAGAGGUUCCUUUGCUGAGUCUAUUGCCACAGACCCAAAGUGAGAGCCUCUUUCUUUUGUUUCUGCUUUGGGAACCUUCUUUCUAUACCAAUUUUUAAAAUUAGUGACCAUUUAUCGAGCACUUGCUAUAUUUUAACACCUUUGAUGCCCAUCUCCAGACCUCGACAACAAUAGAACAUAAAUACCUGUCUACAUAUGGUGUUUAAUCUUUUUGGGCUCACAGCCCUUUUUGAGAAUCUGAUAAUAGCUUUGGAUCUUCUUUCCAGAAAAAUUCACUUAUGCACAUACAUAUACGAUUGUACACAACUUCAGAGGUGGUUUUUGGGACCUACUGAAGCCUGUCCUCUAGCAGUCCACGGACUCCAAGGGAAGAAUGCAGACGAUCAAAUGUGUGGUCGUAGGAGAUGGGGCUGUAGGUAAGACCUGUCUCCUCAUCAGUUACACAACUAAUGCCUUUCCUGAAGAGUAUAUCCCCACUGUCUUUGACAACUAUAGCGCCCAGACAUCUGUGGAUGGUCAGCUCGUCAGCCUGAACCUGUGGGACACAGCUGGCCAAGAGGAGUAUGACCGACUGCGAACACUCUCCUACCCGCUGACCAAUAUCUUUGUCAUUUGUUUUUCCAUUGGCAACCCAUCCUCUUAUGCCAACGUGAGGCAUAAGUGGCACCCAGAGGUCUCCCAUCAUUGCCCCAAUGUACCUGUCCUACUGGUAGGCACCAAGAGGGAUUUGCGGAGUGACCUGGAGACAGUGAAGAAGCUGAAGGAACAGAGCCUAGUGCCUACAACUCCUCAGCAAGGCACUUCCUUGGCUAAGCAAGUGGGGGCUGUGAAGUAUCUAGAAUGUUCUGCCCUGACGCAGGAUGGGGUACACGAGGUAUUUUCGGAAGCUGUCCGGGCUGUCCUUUACCCUGCCACAAAGAAGAACACCAAGAAGUGUGUCCUCUUGUAGCUUUCAGGGUGCUACUUGGGGACUGAACCUGAGGAGAAUAAGGGGGGAUUCCUUUGGCAGCAUUCGGCAAUGCCAGCGUGAGCCAUUUGUCUCUUCUCCUGGAAACCCUAGGCUCCAGGGUACUUGGCUUUUGGAGGAACCAAGACAGGCUAGUGUGUACAUGGCUGCUUUGAAGUUUGGUCUAAACCUUUUGGAGGAAGUUUGAGUGUGUGUGUGUGGUCAGAGCGCUUAGAAGAGACACCACGAGCGCUAUUCUUUCCUGUCCUGACUGGGCAACAACUAAGCAGAGCAGCCUCGUACUGUUCUUUGUAGGCGUUUGUCUGCUUUAAAACCAACUCUCAGCUGCCCUGGCUGAAGUUAUCACUGAGCAAGUGCCUCGCAGAAGGACAGGGCUCUCCUUUGCAAAUCAUUGCCUUCAACUUUCUGAUAUACUGUGUGAAAACCAGCUUGUAUGUGAUUCCUGGGUGUUACCAAUGUUCACAUGUUCUUGUCUCAUUCUUGAGGCACUUCUGUUAAAUUGGCUAAGCAGCAUUUCCCAAAGUUCUGUGAGAUGGUAACAGGUGUUCCUUAAAAGGGCUCUGUGGUCAAAUAAGUCAGGGAGCAGCCAUUUAAAUAGAACUGAACAGGUUCCUCCACUGCAGGAAUUUGUAACUUUUAGUAAGUACGCAACAUUUCCCAAACUUAUUUCACUGAAUUUUUGGGGUCCUAUGCAACACCUAUUAACGUCUUUGGGAACAGUGUCAGAGAUGCUGGUGAACAGGGACUAUAAUUCCCGUGGAGGCAGCUAUGGAGAAGAGCGCAGUGUGGCCCUAUUCUUUCUGAUGUUUCCCUUUUUGUGCCUUUGAAAAAAUCUUUGCCCGCCAUGGACUUGUUACUGUUCCUCUUCCAUCAAAGGAGGUGGAUGUGGGAUGUGGUGGUCAGAUCCGCUAUGUCUCUGAGGCUUCUCUGUGGCUCUUUUUGCCCCGUCACCUCCCAUUUUAGGGAAAUACCACUGAGGGUUAACCCCCUAAAUAAAACCAAGCAAAAUGUCCUGCCAGUCACUGUCAGGGAGUUCUGUGAUUCCCUGAAACGUCUUUUCUGCCAUCAUUCCUGAGUCACUCUAAUGGCUACCUUGCUCUCUUCCUGUUCUUCCAUCCUGUGUGUGCACGCAUGUUCAGCCCCGUGUGCCUUUUGAGGUCUUUUAGCUGCUCCAAGAGAGUGGGAGUCUGUUGGGUCUCUAGACCCCAGUGGGGAGUUUGCUGGAGCUGCUCAGCCUGCCUGGGCCCGUGGGAGUCAGGUUCCAUAUCCCAGUGUGCCUACUUCUCUGCCACCCUCGUAUUUCUGACCUUCAUUUGGUAUGGAAGAAAAACUUACUUGCCCACCUGGCAGAUAGCGGGUGACAACUCCACCGUGCACAUACACUCGUCCUGCCAAAAUAGCACUGGAUUUUUGAGUGUGGGAAACGGAGCUGAAGGAUCACAUACGCCCCCCGUGGUUUGUGAAGUGUAUUUUGCUCUGUGACAAUCUUGCUGUGGUUUUUUGACAACAUGUGAUCAGAAUGGCCUCCCUCAGACUAACUGAACCUCCCAGAUAGGGUUGUCACAUAAACCAGAAAUAUACAUGACAGAGGAGACUAGACUUGGGGAGCACACAAUGGGAUAGACAGUAUGGAAUAUGCAAUUUGGGGGACAUAUUUACACUUACAAAUCAUUGGCAAAAGUAGAUAUUAUUUGCUAUUUAUCUGAAAUUCAAAUUUAGUGGGAUAGCCUGUAUUUUUUAUUUGCUAAGUCUGGCAGCCCUACUCUUGGAGAAUCUGGAACCAGGAGGUCAAGCAGAAAUCAAGUAAUGACAGAAGAGAAAAGGUUAUGUCAACUCUCCACUCUUCCUGCUUUGCUUCUCGUUUCCUUUUCCCUCACAAGGGACUCAAGUGUUUUGUUUUGCCUUCAUUACCGCACUCCCCCACUUCAUACAGUCCUUUGUUGGUGUUUCUACACGUUGUGUGUCUAAAGCCGUGGAGGAGCCAGGAUGGACAGCGUUGCCUGGCAUGUGCCUUCUCUCACUUGCAAUGUACUGUAUCUAUUUUCCUGUGUGACCCAGGGCCUCCUGUGGUGGGUGGCAGGGAUUCUGCAGGAGCAGUGUUAGCUGGGAGGGAGUGAGGGUGGCCCUCCUCAGCUCAGGCCCAGGAGCACUCUGGAAAGUGGGGCUGCUGCUGUCGUGGUGUGGUGACUAGGAGUCGGCUGUUCUUGUGGAGAGUCCCUGCGUUUCCCCACAGGCAGCCAGUGUCUUCCAGUCUCAGAAUAUUCUGUGGAUGCUGCUGGGGUGCUCACAGGACUUCAUGGUUCAAUGGGGCUACAAACAUGGCUGUCCCCUGUGUCUCUGGGAACUCUGUUUAGCUACUGAAAACCUUUUAAGUUGGCUUCGAAUAGUGCCUCCUGCUCCCCUUUGCCUGGCCAAUCCCCAAAUGUAAGCCUAGGUUUGGUGUGGGCAAACUCGGGUCCACUAGGAAAUGGAGGUGUGAUCCACAAGUCGGAGAGGUUUUGUACUGGACUGAUUUGAUGGUCCCAAGCAUACACUGACAUCUUGAUGUUUAUACUUGAAAGGAAUUUGUAUGAAGACUAACAUGCUAGUGUCCCUUUUAAAUUAUUCAUGACGAAUGGUAAUAAACUUUUCUGACUUUACUAGCUCUGCUGUUUUCUAAAAAUCAAAGCAAUUCCUCACCCCCCGCCCUUUGCUUUGAGUGGUUUCUAAGUGCUUCUCAACUUGCAAAGGCUAGAAUUACUGUAAUUGUCAUACUGAACACUGCACCUACCUGUAACUACGUAUUUUUCUAGUCAGACAAUCAGCGUAGGGAACCAUCUGCCCUGCUAACAGGGAUCCUCUAGCCGCACCCCACCACUCCCCCCACCCCCGCCCACCUAUUCAUUUCCAGGAUUUAGCUUCAUUUCCUGGUUUUCACUAAUGACAGACCACUUAGUUCCCUGUCAGGGAUCUUCCUCUUAUAUUACACUGCAUUCAGCAAAAAAUUACCAAGCUCCUACUGUGUCACAGGUAUUACAGUAUAAGGGCUGGGGUUGCAAAAAUGAGACAUUUAAUGUCCUCUGCCUCCCCAGUUAUCUCAGGAAAAUUCCCUUCCUGUUUGCUAUAAAAAUGAAUUAAACCAUGGCUGUUAAGUAUGCUGAGCUGCACUAGUAAGUGCACUAGCAAGGAAGAGCAAAACCACAAUGUGUGUUUGCAUGUGUAAAUAGCUUUAUUGAGGUAUCAUUUACAUACCAUACAAUCCACCGAUUUAAGGAUUUGUACUAAAUUUACUUACAGAGUCAGGCAACCAUCACCCCAGGAGGGUCUUGGGUUAGUUAAUUCCUGUCCCCAGCCCUAGGCAACCAUUUAUCUACUGUCUUUCCUGAACUUUACAUAUAAAGGGAAUGAAACAAUAGGUGGUCUUAUCCAUUUUAAAGCACACAUGGGUACUUUAAUUCCUUUUGUUGCUGAAUACUACUCCAUUGAAUGGAUAAACCAUACUUGAUCUACUCAGAGAUGAGGGGCAUUGGCUUGUUUCUACUUUCUAGCUCUUAGGAAUGGUGCUGCUGUGAACCUUUGUGUACAAGGUUUUGUGUGGACCAUUUCAAUUCUCUUGGGUGGACACCUAGGAGUGGAGUUGCUGGGUCAUAUGGGAAAUCUAUGCACUUUGAGGCAAGAAUGGCAUCUUUAGUAUUUGUAGUAUCUGAAGUCCCUUUCCACAUUCUACAAGCCUCCAUCUACCUCUCAUUGCAUCUGCUUUUCCUCAAGCACAAGCACCCAAGAGGCAGGGUAAGGUACAUUAAAAUACAUACUCUAUCUUACGUUUUUGCCUUAAGUAUUAGUACAGCAAUAGUAUUCUAACUUUUACUACCCGAGUGCAGCAUUUCAGCUACUAUGCAGGUUUUGGCAGUCUCUUAUCAUCUGGCCUAGAAAUACAGCUGUUAAAAUAGUCCGUUAAACAUCCAUGUAAUGAAGUACUAAGCAGCCAUUAAAAAGAAUGAGGGAGGGCCUUGUGAAGUGAUACAGUGUGACUUCCAGGCUAUAUUGUUAAGUGAAAACAAGCAAAGUGAAAUGAAGAGAGUAUAUAUAGUAUGCUACCUUUUGUGUAAUGAAAAAGGGAAAAUAAGAAUAUAUAGACUCCUUUGCUUAACUUUGCAAAACUAAGUACAGGAAGUACAGACAGUGAAUCAUGUUGUACACCUGAAACUCAUGUUAUAUAUGUCAAUUAAGCUUCAAUAAAAAAUAAUAAACACAGGACGGAUAAACCAGAAAUUAAUGCAAAUAGUUACUUACAGGGAGUGGGUGGGAAUGGGGUAGAGGGUACAGGCACGGCAGCAAGACUUCUCUGGGAAUAGCUUUUUAUAUAGUUUUCACCGGGUAAAGGUUUGCAUAUUUUAAAAAUAAAAUCAUAUAAAAUAGGACAAUAAAAACAAAUCCUAAAGCUGAAUACAAACACAAACAUCUCCACGGAGGGAAAAAAAUGAUUCAAGUAAUUUUUAGUAUGUCCUCAGUAGGAUAUAUUCUAAGGACGAAAAACUGCAAAGAACUUCUGAGCUUUGGUUUAUCAUUAUAAGUGGCAUCGGUCUUGUAAUUUUGGAAAGGGUAAAUAUAUUAUUGCUGUUGGGAACCAGGGUUCUCAUUGUAAGAGAAGCAAGAUACAAAUACGAAAUGGGGGAAAGUGAGGGAGAACUCUGCGGCAUUGGAUCCGAAUUGGAGAUAUCUGUAUAAACUCAUUACAGGUAUUUAUUUAUUUUUUUACCUCUCUCCACUGAUAGGGCAUAUAAACAAUAAUGCCCUAGUUUCUAAACACCAUCCCACUAAAAGGAACCAGGGCUCCUGGAGAAAUGGCUUAUAUCAGUCAGGUCCUGGACAGUGGAUGUACGCAGUAAGCCUGGGACAUCUUUCACCAAAAAGCAAGGAAGUGCUCACAGACUAAUGGAUCGUGUCCAGAGGACACAGAAGCCAAAGUGAAGUGGUUCCCACUGGAAAAAUCUGGGACAGCUUGAGCAUCAAAAAGGAUGAUGAUGAUGCUAGAUUAUAACACAUUAACAAUGCGAGAAGGGAGGUAAGAAAAGGGGAAGUUCUUCUUUACUGAGUAAGUCCAGUUAAUAAAUGUAUAAUGAAUUUAAGAAUUAGAAAAAUCACCCUUUUGCACUCCCCCAGUAUAAAUGAUUCAGGCAAAGAUCAUCUAUGGAUGCUAAACCCAUUGUGGGUAAAGGCGAUGGGAAACAGAAUAUUCACACGAUCUCUAAGCAUCACCCCAUAGAUUAUUUACUGAUUACAAAAGGAAAAA